CGUAACAAAUUUUUUUACGAUUUGUUACGAUAAGUUUACGAUUUGUUUACGGAUUAUUAACGGAUUAUUACGAGUGCUUAUGUGUUGUUUACGAUUUCAUUCGGGUCGUGUUACGAUGGCUUUACAUAUUGUUACGAGUUAUUACGAACUAUUUACGUGUAGUUACAAGUUCUUUACGAAUAGAUACAUAUACUUUACGUAGUCUUACAUAUUGUUUACGAUUUGGGAAAAAGUAUAAAAGCUGCAAAAUCGAACACUUCAUUUUCAGUUGUUUUUAAGAAGUCAUAGAAGUCACAUUUCUGCAUAUCUACUCUACAAUAUCUACAAGCAUGGCUCCAAUGAAGAAGGCAGUCAACAAGAAGAAUCCUGUUCUUCGAAAAUCUCCGUGGAAGAAGAGGACCGGCUCGCUCUCCUGAACCACCACCGCAGCUAGACCCUGUUGAUGUAGAAGACACUGAAGACACUGAAAUUGUCUCUCUGUAUGUCAGUUAUCGAAUAAUGAUACAUGGAGAUUUGCAGGAUUUAUAUAUUUUUUGACAAAAAAUCGUAAGGACUCGUAAAUACUCGUAACUAACUCGUAAUUAUUCGUAACAACACGUAAACAGGUCGUAACUAACACGUAAAAGCUUCGAUGAAUAGUAACAUUCCGUAAUAUACUCGUAACAAUCCGUAAAAAGCCCGUAAAAUGCCGUAAGAUGUUCGUAGUUAUCCGUGACAACUCGUAACAAAUAACGGAAUUUUGCCGUAAAUACAUUGUAAUAACUCGUAAUAAUCCCUAAUAAACCGUAAAUAGCUCGUAAUAACUAGUAACAACUCCUAAAUCAGUCCUAAAAGUGGCCAAAUCAUAAGGAUCCGUGAAAUUGUGCGAUCAGUAAGGAUUCAUAAGAAAAAUCCGUGUUUGUGAAGGGGGCAUAAAAUACAUGAUCCGAUGUUUAGGCUGAGUGUUUAGAGCACCAGUAACGACCUCGUUGAUAAAAAUGGUCCUGACAACAUUAUUACAAUAAAUGCAACUUGAUUCAAAUGUAUUUACAACCAAUAUAACAAGUAAACCCACUCAAACUGACAUAGCCAGAAACAUCUGUAACCAUCUGUGGUUGUAAAUUAAGUAUGUUGGUCUGUGGUUGUAAAUUAAGUAUGUUGGUCAAGUUGCUUAAACUGGUAUAAACCAUACAACAUAACUUAAUAUCAAAAUAAUAUUAACAUACAGCACAUAAACAAAAUCUUAAUGGAAGUGACUGCUAAAUUUCAAGAGAAAUGUCUUUUUAUACCGUAACUUUACCUUAUACUGAAAUGUACACAACACUUAUAAUUACCAACCAUGGACUGAACCCCAUGGGCUCACGAGCAGGUAUUGACUGGUCACCCACUGCCAGUACAUGAAAGCUACAGUAUGAUAAAUACACCAGUUAAUACAAUAAUCAACUGUACAGACAGAACUGCCAAACGUUACUUGCCACCAACAGUUAUUCUGUUCACAACUACACACUUGAAAUGUUCAAAGUAAUGUUAGUACUAAAUUGCAUUGAGAAUUAGACUACCAUUACAUAGUGUGAACUACUACAAACAUUUUUAUGAAUAUUUUAUACUCUUUUCAUAAUGUUUUCUAAAACAAAGUAAACUAACCUGAACCGUUGUUUUCACACAUUUCAAACAUAGCAAAGUUGUUCCCUCUCCUGAUGUCACUAUCAUGGGCAUUAAAUAUGUACAUAAGUUUUGUAAUGAUGCUAUAUACCAAAAAAAAAACUGUUAGAAAACCUUUAAUGGUAGUUAUUCAUAAAAUAUACUUAAAUACAUAAUAUAUCAAAAUAUAAUAUCAUUGCACUGUUCUAAAUCACCUAAAUAUUAAACCAUAAAUACUCUGUCACGUAAUCCAAAACAUUCAAUAACUAUCUCUAGUGAAAUAAUGUUAAUCUAAUGGAAUUUAAGCUAUGAUUUAAUUUAGGUGUCUAAGUAUCAAUGUAAACAAACAUUAAUCCCCACUAUCCAACUAUAUAAACAUAACCCUAAAAUAACAUUGUUUCCACCACUUAAUUACCUCUGUAUUCUAGACAGCACCCUAAUUACCUAAAGCUCAUCAUCUAAAACAAUAGAUAUCACCAGCCAACUAGUAAGUGUCAAAGGAUACACAUCUUAAGGUUCCAAAUAGUUCCAAACCUUAUUAAAAAAUUAAUAUAAAUGUUAAUCGCUAAUAUGGUUGGUCAACACAACCUAACUUUGUUGGGAUUGGUCAACUUACCAAAACCCAUGGUAUACCAGUUAGUAUAAAUAUUGUUCUGGAAGUAGUGUCUACAGACUUGAUGUCGCCUUCCUAGGAACAUGCUCGGUCCCUGGGAAGUCUAUGUAUGCUCACCAUUGUUGUAUAUAUUUGUUAGCUACUUAUAUAUAUGAUGUUCAUGUAAACAAAUCUGUGUAUAUUGUACUAGUCGUCUCUUGUUCUACCUGGCUACGUUACCACUUUUAGUCAGAAAAUGAUAUCACCAACCAAUUGAUCAUGCAUGUAGCAUGUUUACAGCUUGAAAAGCAUGUGCAUUACUAAUGUAGCACAUCAGACAAAAUGGUCUAUCGUUUCAGCAGCUUCAAUAAUAAGGACUCUCUAUACGCCGGUACUACUAACGGUUAUCAAGGGCGUGGCAGAGACUGUGAGAGAGGCUAUGAGCAGUUUCAGGCGUGACCAAGUGUGACUAGAGCUCGUCACAGUGUGCUGGCCUUCUGAGCGAUGAGUUGACUAUUAGCUGUUGGCCGUUGGCUUGUGUUCUUAUGCCGUUUGUCCUGGACUGCAGUGUCGGUCGCAUCCUGUUCAAAUGUUCAGUGCCCUUCUCUGCCUUCAGUGACUUCAGUGACGGUGCUGUUUAUAUAGGGGUUUCUUAGCUCAUUAGCUGUGACCCUCAAAUCUUUAGGGUGUCAAAACAAGUUCGUGGUACAAUAAACUGGAAACUCUUGGUCAGCAACUGUCCGAUCUAUGACCAUCACCUGGUCAUCAAAUACAAGAACGCAUGGAGCGUGUCUCCUUUCCUAUAACAAUGGGUCAGUAACUGUUUCUUCUGAUGAUCACAAUAAGCCCACCUGUCUACACAGCCUCUGGCCACACUGGAUAGUGUUACACUCAACAAAUCAAAAUGGUCUACAUCUCCGUUGAAAGCCAAGUGUUAAAUUGUUAAUAUGAUAUAUGAUGUUACUUUGUGCCAUCCACAUAUCAUUCAUAUCCUACCUCAUUUAUACUGAGCUAUUUGCGAUGCACAUAUUCUGCUGUGUAUAAUCCUUAAUGGUAAGGGUGGGUUGUGGCAGAACCACACUCGCCUAUACUACUGUUGUGCAUAAUCCUUAAGGCAGGACGUCUACGCUGUGCUACUACUCCAACCAGUCAGACGUGUGGCACUGUCUGGAGUGUUCACGAGGUUCCAUGAUUGGAUUACAGUCCUUGACAUACGUCAGUAACAUCAACCACCCCAGAUGCCAUCAUCUGUGGUACUGCACCACUCCAUGCUUCAUCCAAGACUACAACGUCUCACAAUACAACAUCAGUAAAGUCAGCAGUCAGUCACGACAUACGUCCAUGUGCUCAGACCAUCGUCAUAGAACAGAUUGCACGACUGAGCUGGGUUACGCCUGCCCCAUGAGGCGCUCCUGUUCUCCACCUGUUCCUGUCUCAGAUGAUGUCACAGUGUAGUUGCCUAUUCAGUUAAUGUUGUACAAUUCCAAAGCUUCUGACAUCUGAUCGAAAACGAACCAGGCAUACCAUGUCGUGUGAUAAUCUAGAGCUGUUUGAAGCUCACCAAGAAAGGCUUGUACUGACUUGUCACAGCGACACAAUUUGCUCAACUGACUCCAGAAGUUGUGGAUACGAAACAGGAUCCGACGACAAGAGCGAUACAGCAGCAUUUUCCGCUGACAUCGGGCAAUGAAACAUCACCUUUGGUUCCUGUUGUUGCCGGCGUUGUUGGAUUAAUGUCAGUGAUGGCAGCAGUGACGACGCUCUGUUGUUGUGAGAGGAAAAAACGUUCAGUGGAAAGUAAUGACACAACACCGAACCAAACUGAUGAAGAAACACGUGAUCCUGAGGGCGUGGCUACGUCUCCAACACGUGAACCUGAAGGCGUGACAACAACACCACCACGUGAACCUGAAGGCCUUGCUACAACUUCAACACGUUACCCCGAAGGCGUGACAACAACACCAUCACGUGACCCUGAAGGCCUUGCUACAACUUCAACACGUGACCCUGAAGGCGUGGCUACGUCUCCAACACGUGACCCUGAAGGCGUGGCUACGUCUCCAACACGUGACCCCGAAGGCGUGGCUACAUCUCUGUCAGCUGCCAGUGAUGCAGAGGAAGGUCAUCCAUGGAAGAGCUCUUGCACUGACGUCACCGUCUAUGUUGGGAACGGUUCACCAGGAGUCGGAGACUAUGACCGUGUGACAUUUACUCGAGUCCUUCAGACCACAACAACACAAGCAGGAAACGUGAAGAAGUCAUCACAUGCCUACAGUCACAUAACUAUGUGUGACCGCAAUAGCCACGGCAAGUUGAAGUUUCAAGAGUGUCAAGAUUAUGACCACGUAAAGUUCACUACUGCCUCAUCCUCUAGUGCCGCAGCUGACGACCAGACGCACGUCUAUGUUGUUUCUGAACCCUUGGUCGGACACAGGCUUGCCAAGGAGGUCGCCGAAGAAGAUGGAACUGAAAUCCACGAAUCAACCCUUUAAGGACAACUAAAUCAUUUUUCUCAAAUGGUAGCUCAUUUGAUCACGUGUAUUUCAUUGAAGUAUUUGUUGACAGUUUCAUUCAUCCUCGACUAUCCAGGGUAUGUUAUCUCCAUUCCAUUUCGAUAAAUACCCUGAUCCUGAAAGUGAAGGCUUGACGUCUGUAGCUCUGUAUAUCGAGAUAAUGUAUAUGCAUAAUGUAGCUCUGUAUAUCGACCCGACAGAGCUACGUGAGAUAAUGUGUAUGCAUAAUGUAGCUCUGUAUAUCAACCCGACAGAGCUACGUGAGAUAAUGUGUAUGCAUAAUGUAGCUCUGUAUAACGCCCCAAGGGGCAUGUGUGUUAGAUAGGGUAUAAUGCCCAAUCUAUGAAUCGCAUGUAAGUCUAAUAAAUCAAUGAAACACACUU